AUGGCUACCAACGGCGAUUACACAGACGAUGAAUCCCAGCCUGGAUCCCCCAUGCUCGAUGCGAACGGUCACGAUGACAUCGAAGAUCAGGAGCCCCUCGACCUUGAGGAGAAGCCCUUGAAGUCUGCGAUGAAGAACUCUGGAGUGCCCUCCCUCCCCCAGCCUAAGCGGCCAGAGCUGCCCGAGCAGCCCAACCCAGAGACUCUCGACCUGUCCACACUCACCCCUCUGACGCCCGAAAUCAUUGCGCGCCAGGCCACGAUCAACAUCGGUACCAUCGGUCACGUCGCUCACGGAAAGUCGACGGUUGUCAAGGCCAUCUCCGAGGUUCAGACUGUCCGUUUCAAGAACGAAUUGGAGCGAAACAUCACCAUCAAGCUGGGUUAUGCCAACGCCAAGAUCUACAAGUGCGACAACCCCGAGUGUCCCAGACCGACUUGCUUCAAGAGUUUCAAGAGCGAGAAGGAAAUCGACCCGCCUUGUGAGAGAGAUGGAUGUUCCGGUCGCUACAGACUAUUGAGACAUGUUUCGUUCGUUGACUGCCCCGGUCACGAUAUUCUGAUGAGUACUAUGCUUUCAGGUGCCGCUGUCAUGGACGCUGCCCUCCUCUUGAUCGCCGGAAACGAAACUUGCCCUCAGCCUCAGACUUCGGAGCACUUGGCAGCUAUUGAGAUCAUGAAGCUCAGCCAUAUCAUCAUCCUGCAAAAUAAGGUGGAUCUCAUGAGAGAAGAUGGAGCUCUGCAACACUACCAGUCCAUUCUGAAGUUCAUCCGCGGUACCGUCGCCGAUGGAUCUCCCAUUAUUCCCAUUUCCGCACAGCUGAAGUACAACAUUGACGCCGUUAACGAGUACCUGGUUUCGCACAUCCCGGUCCCUGUCCGUGACUUCACCGCUUCCCCUCACAUGAUCGUCAUUCGAUCCUUCGAUGUGAACAAGCCCGGUGCUGAGAUUGAGGAGUUGAAGGGUGGUGUUGCUGGUGGUUCGAUCCUCACUGGUGUGUUGAAACUGAACGACGAAAUCGAGAUUCGUCCUGGUCUCGUUACCAAGGACGAGAACGGCAAGAUCCAGUGCCGGCCUAUCUUCUCCCGGGUUAUGUCCCUCUUCGCCGAGCACAACGACCUUAAGUUUGCCGUGCCUGGUGGUUUGAUCGGUGUCGGUACCCGUGUCGACCCUACUCUGUGCCGUGCUGAUCGUCUCGUCGGUUUCGUUCUGGGUCACCGUGGACGCCUUCCUGCCAUUUACACCGAGUUGGAGGUUAACUAUUUCUUGCUCCGUCGUUUGUUGGGUGUUAAGACCGCCGAUGGCAAGCAAGCUAAGGUUGCCAAGUUGACCAAGAACGAGGUUCUCAUGGUUAACAUCGGUUCCACGGCCACUGGUGCCAAGGUCAUCGGUGUGAAGGCCGAUGCCGCUAAGCUCAGCUUGACCAGCCCUGCUUGUACUGAGAUUGGCGAGAAGAUCGCCAUCAGCCGCAGAAUUGAGAAGCACUGGCGUUUGAUUGGAUGGGCCAACAUUGUCGCCGGUAACACUCUCGAGCCUGUCUCGAACUAA